CAGAAGGCAGAAGGGCAGAAGCAGGGAGAGCCAGCGUGGGGGAGAGACGCAGAGGGGGAGCAAGAAUCGGACCAGAAAGGGGACAAGGACCCCAGCAUUCCUCUGCACAGCCGCCAGGUCGCCGGAGUCACCCCAGGGGGCCGCUGUGCCGUCUGUCUGUCCCCAUGGGCCGCCGGGGACCGUGGCUGCACACUUGUCUCCUCUGGGCCGCUGUGGUCAGCCUGCUCCUCCCUCCUGCCGUCACCCAGCAGCUGAGAGGGGCCGGGCUGGGCCCCAGCACCUGGAACAACAAUGCAGGCGUCCCAGGGCCCUCAGGGGAGGCGGCGGCGGCCGAGUUUGGCCACCAGGGCCACAGCCACCGAAGCCCUGGGGAGGAGAAUGAGGACGUGUCCACGGAGAACGGACAUCACUUCUGGAGCCACAGAGACCACGGAGAGGCGGACGACGAAGUCUCCAGGGAAUACGGCCACCAACCCCAAGGCCACAGGUAUCACAGCCCUGAGGCUGGAGACGACAGUGUCUCUGAGGAGGGGGUCCACAGGGAGCACGCUCGGCAGGCCCACGGGCAUGGAGGCCACGGCAAGGAAGGCGUGGGAGGCCUAGCUGAGCAUGGCAGCCACGGCCACGAGGACGAGGACGAGGACGAGGACGUCAUCUCCAGCGAGCGUCCCCGCCACAUCCUCAGGCGUGCACCCCGAGGCCACGGCGGGGAAGAGGAUGAAGAAGAGGAGGAGGAGGAGGAGGUCUCCCUGGAGCACAGGCACCAGGCCCACAGGCACCAUGGCCACGGAGAGGAAGAAGAGGAUGACGAAGAUGACGAAGGUGAGUCUACUGAGAGCGACCAUCACCAGGCCCACAGGCACCGGGGCCACGGAGAAGAAGAAGAGGAUGACGAAGAUGACGAAGGUGAGUCUACUGAGAGCGACCAUCACCAGGCCCACAGGCACCGGGGCCACAGAGAAGAAGAGGAUGACGAAGAUGACGAAGGUGAUUCUACUGAGAGAGACCAUCACCAGGCCCACAGGCACCGGGGCCACGGAGAGGAAGAAGAGGAUGAUGAAGAUGACGAAGAGGAUGACUCUACUGAGAGCGACCGCCACCAGGCCCACAGGCACCAGGGCCACGGAGAGGAAGAAGAGGAUGACGAAGAUGACGAAGAGGAUGACUCUACUGAGAGAGACCGUCACCAGGCCCACAGGCACCACGGCCACGGAGAGGAAGAAGAGGAUGACGAAGAUGACGAAGGUGAUUCUACUGAGAGAGACCGUCACCAGGCCCACAGGCACCACGGCCACGGAGAGGAAGAAGAGGAUGAUGAUGACGAAGGUGAUUCUACUGAGAGAGACCGUCACCAGGCCCACAGGCACCGGGGCCACGGAGAGGAAGAAGAGGAUGAUGAAGAUGAUGAAGGUGAUUCUACUGAGAGAGACCGUCACCAGGCCCACAGGCACCACGGCCAUGGAGAGGAAGAAGAGGAUGACGAAGAUGACGAAGGUGAUUCUACUGAGAGAGACCGUCACCAGGCCCACAGGCACCGGGGCCACGGAGAAGAAGAAGAGGAUGACGAAGAUGAUGAAGGUGAUUCUACUGAGAGAGAUCGUCACCAGGCUCACAGGCACCGGGGCCACGGAGAAGAAGAAGAGGAUGACGAAGAUGAUGAAGGUGAUUCUACUGAGAGCGACCGUCACCAGGCCCACAGGCACCGGGGCCACGGAGAAGAAGAAGAGGAUGACCAUGACAAUGACGAUGAAGAUGACAACUCUACUCAGAAUGGACACCAGGCUCACAGGCACCGAGGCCACGAAGAGGAAGAAGAGGAAGAUGAGGAUGGUGACUCUACUGGGAGUGACCAUCACCAGGCCCACAGGCACUGGGGCCACGGAGAGGAAGAGGAUGAGGAAGACGAUGAUGACGAAGAUGAACACCAUCAUGUCCCUCACCGUGGGCACCGAGGCCAUGAGGAAGAUGACGAUGAUGGUGAUGGUGAUGACAGCACUGAGAACGGGCAUCAGGUGCACAGGCACCGAGACCACAGGAAAGAAGAGGCUAAGGCUGAGGUGACCUCAGAUGAGCACCAUCAUCACAUCCCUGACCACAGGCACCAAGGCCACGGAGACAAGGAAGGUGAGGAAGAGGAUGUGUCCACCGACCACUGGCACCAGGUUCCCAGACACGCCCACCACGGCCCUGGAGGGGAGAAGGAAGGUGGGGAGGAGGAGCUCACGGUCAAGGCUGGCCGCCACGUUGCAAGCCACCAACCCCCUGGCCACAGGAGCAGUGAGGAGGGCCACCCAGAGGAGCAUCAGACGGAAGUCCCCGGCCACCACCAGCACAGGAUGGAAGAUACGGACACCUCUGCUGAGCGUGGCCAUCCAGCCCCCAGCCACAGGCAGCAAGGCCACCCCCCGGAAGACACUGUGCAUAGUCACAGAGGGUCUCUGAAAGAGGAGAUUGGCCAUGAGUCCCCGGGACCCACGGGGGUCAAGGACGGAAGCCGUGUGAAGAGGGGCGGCUCUGAGGAGGAGGAGGAGCAGGGCUCCCAGGAGGAGGAGGAAGGCACCCACCACCACAGCCUGGAAGAUGAGGAAGACGAGGAGGAAGACCAUGGCCGCAGCCUGAGCCAGGAAGACCAGGAGGAAGAGGAGAGGAGAGGAGAGAGCACUAAGGUUCAGGCCCCGCUAAGCCACCACAGGGAGGAGGAGGAGGAAGAGGAGGAGGAGGAGGAAGGCCGGCUCCCCUUCACCAUCAUCCCCAACCCACUGGCCGGGAGGGAGGCAGCUGGAGGGGCCUCCAGUGAGGAGAGUGCCGAGGACACAGGGCCACAGGACACCCAGGAGUACGGCAACUACCAGCAAGGGUCCCUGUGUGGCUACUGCACCUUCUGCAACCGCUGCACUGAAUGUGAACAUUGUCGCUGUGAUGAGGAGAACAUGGGCGAGCACUGCGACCAGUGCCAGCACUGUCAGUUCUGCUACCUCUGCCCGCUUGUCUGUGAAACUGUCUGCACGCCAGGAAGCUACGUCGACUACUUCUCCUCGUCCCUGUACAAGGCCCUGGCGGACAUGCUGGAGACGCCGGAGCCGUGAGCUGGCCACGCCGCAGGGAGGCCUCCCGAGACGGCGAGCCGGAUUUGUCCCCCUGAAUAAACGCGCGCCCCGCAACCUCGCGGCUGGGUGCCGGCUCUGGAUUCUCGGGGCCGCGAGCAACGGGGGUGGGGUCGCCGGGCUCCGGGGCCUGCGGGACUCGGGCCCUGAACCCCUGGGGCCCCGAGGCGGCGGCUUGGCUCGCUAGCUCGCUCGCUCACUCCCUGCCCCCAAAUCAGUCAACACGCAAGCUUUUUGAAACGGUUCUCUUUA